GUCGUCAGUUCCUGAGGCGGGGACGGCGACGGUGAAGAGAGCGGCCGUUCAUAAUCUUCUCGCCUGUAAGGGUUGCGAACCCGAAUAUUUGUGGUGCCGGGCGGCUGCCGAGCCGGGAGGGAAGCGGCUCCUAGUAGCCUGCCGUGUGGGGAGCGGGCGCCAACUGCUGCGAGUCUUUCUUGAAGCAGCACGGUGUGAGAACAGUUUAGCUAUCAAUGGCAUCCACAGUGAAUCUGAAAGAAGCCAAUGGCAACCAAAGUUCCUGGGAUACUUUGCUGCCAGAUUUCCCCAAGGGGCCGCUCUGCAAAUAUCGAAAGAAAGCUUCCUUCAACUGGAAGGAGAUGGCAGUGUUUCUGGAUGGCGAGGAUAUCAUCCAGCUUAAGAACAGAAUCUUCUCUGCUCUAGAAAAUGAUCCUGUCUUCGCACAUCGUCCUGGAGAAGAUUUGAGCCGUGAGAAGUAUCAGGAGCUGACGUUCCUGCGCUGUAAAAAACUCUUUGAGUAUGACUUUCUUACUCAGCAAGAGAUCAUAGAGAACCCAUUAAAGAUAUUUAAUAUGGUUAUCUGUAUAGGAAUGUAUGAUUGGUCUCCGUGUCUCCAGUAUUUCUUACAUUGCGGUGUAUUUGCAGGUACAAUUUUGAGUGCUUCAAUGAGGUUUGCAGACUUACUGAAAAAAGUUUUUAACAUGGAGAUUUUUGGAUGUUUUGCUCUGACUGAACUCAGCCAUGGAACUAAUACCAAAGGCAUACGGACCACUGCCACAUUUGAUCAUAGCACUCAGGAGUUUGUCAUCAAUACACCUGACUUUGAAGCUGCAAAGUUCUGGGUUGGUAAUAUGGGGAAACAUGCCACCCAUGCAGUUGUGUAUGCCCAACUCUAUACUCCUGAUGGACAAUGCCAAGGAUUACAUUCCUUUAUUGUACAGAUUCGAGAUACAAAAACUCUCCUACCUAUGCCAGGUGUCAUGGUAGGUGACAUAGGAAAGAAACUUGGGCAGAAUGGUCUGGAUAAUGGGUUUGCCAUGUUUCACAACGUCAGGAUACCUAAAGAAAACAUACUGAAUAUAGCUGGAGAUGUCACAGCUGAGGGGAAAUACUCAAGUUCUUUCAAGGAUGUUAAAGAGCGUUUUAGUGCAUCUCUUGGAUCUUUGUCCAUUGGCAGAAUUCUGAUCACAGCAGUUUCUGCGACCAAUUUAAAGCUUGCCUUAUCAAUAGCCAUUCGCUUCUCAGCAACUCGCCAUCAGUUUGGACCAACUGAUGAAGAGGAAAUACCUGUUCUUGAAUACCAAACACAGCAAUGGCGUCUUCUUCCUUAUUUGGCUGCUGCCUAUAUCUUAGAUUAUUUCUCCAAAUCACUGUUCGAGAACUUCGUAGAAUUUUUUGCAGGCUUAUUGACAAAGCAAAGGAGUCAGAGGCAGGCUGAUUUGGGACGUGAGAUUCAUGCCUUAUGUGCUGCCAGCAAACCACUGUCUUCUUGGACUGCUCAGCAGGCAGCCCAGGAGUGUCGAGAAGCUUGUGGAGGACAUGGUUACCUUGCGAUGAAUCGUCUGGGUGAAAUCCGAAAUGACAAUGAUCCAAACUGCACAUAUGAGGGAGAUAACAAUGUCCUGCUUCAGCAAACCAGCAACUACUUAAUGAGCUGGAUGAAUUGCAUAAGAGAUAAAGUGCCUUUCGAAUCCCCUCUUGGAACAAUAAACUUCUUGCAAGACUACCAUCACAUCCUUGGCUGGAAAUUCACAGCCAUUAGUGUUGAAGACUGCAUGGACUCCUCAGUUCCUUUAGCAGCAUAUAAGUGGCUGGUUUGCAACCUGCUCCGAGAAAGUGACCUAAAGCUGAGAAAGGAGAAGCAGUCAGGGCAAAGUGAUUUUGAGGCAAAAAACAACUGUCAGGUGUACUACUGUCGAUCACUAGCCAUUGCUUUUAUUGAACAAACAGUCUUACAAAGAUACCAUGACUACACUCAUGAUCCCAACAUACCAUCUCCUCUGCAGACAGUGCUUAAGAAUCUCGGUGCUCUGUAUGGACUCUGGUCUUUAAGUAAACAUCUGGCUGUGCUCUACCAAGGUGGCUAUGUUUCAGGUGAACAAGCUGGCAGAUUUAUUCAGAAUGCUAUUCUGGAGCUUUGCUACAGGUUGAAAGAUGAUGCAGUUGCCCUUGUUGAUGUCUUUGCUCCUCCUGACUUCAUUCUCAACUCUCCCAUUGGUAAAGCUAGUGGUGAGUUAUAUAAGAAUAUGUGGUCGGAGAUCCUUCAAGGCAACAAAGCUCUGAACAGACCUUCGUGGUGGGCAGAAUUUUGUAUUAAUAAACCUGUUACAGGCAGGCUGAGGUCAAGAUUGUAAACCAAACAACUUGUAAAAGGCCGGAUAGGCCUGAGAUGGAUACCAUAUUUCAAACGUCAGGAGGAAAUGAGACCAUAUGUCAAACACUGAAAAGAAAGAUUUUCAUAUAGAAGUGCCAAGUUUUAAAAUAACUUUGAAAUCAGGUCCAACUUGGUCUCAAGGACUCUUAACAUAAUAAUGACAGGAGUGGGAGCAACACAUCUGCACACUAUUCAUAUUUACUCAGUUAAAUACAAAGAAUGAAGGUUCAUAAUGAUCAUUGCUUUGCAAAGUUUCUGUAAAUGAAGUGUUCCAAUUGCUCUCUAGACCACUGGCAUAUUACAGAAGUUAAAUAGUUAAAAAACAUUUCCUCCAGGGCAUAUGAACAAACUGAACAAAUUAUUUUUUUCAAGAUUCUAGGAUAAUAUUAGCAAAAUAAAAGAGAAUCGGAAGAAAAAAAGGAAAAAGACAACAAGAACAUCAGCAGUGGUAAACCUGCAAUAAGAGACAGGAUUCAUUCCUGACAGCCAUGAAGCUCUUCUGAUUUACUUCAUGUACCUCUGUGUUAAACUGCUUAAUUGCUCUUCCAAUGCAAGAAGAGGAUUGGGUUUUUAGAUAAUCUGCCUUUGAAUUGUGUGUAUAUCUGUACAUACAACAAAUCAAACAUGAUUUAUGCAUCUUUUUUUGAUGUAGUAGUACAAACUCAAAAGUCUUGUAUAUAUUUUCAUUGUUGAUUAUAACAUUUUCGCUGCUGCAUAACUAGUAUCAAGUCUGGUAUGUGUUGAUGCACAGAAAUUGCACUGUUUUAGGUCAGAAUAUAUUCGAAUUAGUAUAAAUAAAGAAUUAAAAGUACAUACAACUGGUAGGCAUUAUUAAAUGUAUUAGUAUUUUUCACUUUCAGCUAUAUUAACUGUCAAAUGUUUUUAACUGUCAUUUUUCUUCAGAAAUGGAAAAGACUAACAGAACUUUGAAAAUUCAGAAUAUUUUGUUUCAGAUAUGUUGUGAAAAACUAAUUUUUCCUUUAUUGUGUCUAUGAACUGAAGUACUGUUAUGCCUAAAUCUUGUUUCUUUUUUUUUUGUUAUGAACAAUCCUUUCAAGCCAAUGAGAUUAUUUAUCAGUUCAAAAGUUGAGUAUUUAUGGCUAAUUAUGGAUGAUUUUUGGCUUGGGCUAUUAAAUGAAUGUGAAUUCAAUACUUGAGUGUUGAAUUCCACUUGAGCAGAA